AUGGCAUUUGUUACAGAAUCUGCCAAUUACUGCUACCAAGUAAUGCCAUUCGGCCUGAAGAAUGCUGGAGCCACAUAUCAAAGGCUCUUGGAUAGGAUCUUCGGCGAUCAAAUCGGGAGAAAUAUGGAAGUUUAUGUGGAUGAUAUGGUUGUCAAAUCGGCCGACACACCUACCCAUGUAACCGAUCUCGUCGAAGUCUUCCGAGCCCUCAGGAAACAUCAGAUGAGACUUAAUCCCGAUAAGUGUGUAUUCGGCGUCUCAGGUGGCAAGUUUUUAGGUUUCAUGCUGUCAAGUCGGGGCAUCGAGGCUAACCCGAACAAAUGCCAAGCUAUCAUCGACAUGAGGAGUCCAUCAAAAUUGAAAGAGGUCCAAAAGUUAGCUGGUCGACUAACAGGUUUGUCUCGUUUCCUACCAUGUAUGGCCGAGACUUCCAAGCCGAUCCUUGGCCUUUUGAAAAAGGCAAACAGGUUUCAAUGGACGGAAGAAUGCGAAAUAUCUUUUCAAAUUUUUAAGAAAUGCCUCGGCACUCCCCCGGUAUUGACUAAGCCAACAUCCGGCCAAGAACUAAUGUUGUACUUGGCAGUUUCGGGCAAAGCCAUAAGCGCCGCUUUGAUACGGGAACAUGACGGCCAACAGCAACCGAUAUAUUUCAUUAGCCGAGUGUUGCAAGAUGCCGAACGGCGAUACCAACUGCUAGAGAAGGUAGCGUUGGCACUCAUGUAUGCGGCUAGGCGUCUCUGUCAGUACUUUCAGAGUCACACCGUCGUGGUCCGAACAAAUUGUCCGAUUGCCAAAGUACUGCGAAAACCGGAAUUAGCCGGCCGAAUGAUGGCAUGGUCAGUUGAGCUCUCUGAGUUUGAUAUUCGUUUCGAGCCUCGAGGGGCCAUCAAAGCACAAAGCUUAGCCGAGUUCAUUAAUGAAUUAUCCCCACUCGGCCAGUUCGAAGAUACCGCUUGGACUAUGCAUGUGGAUGGGUCGUCCAAUCAACAAGGAAGUGGUGCCGGCAUAAUCUUGGAAAGCCCAUCUGGAAUUACCCUCGAACAAUCGUUGCGAUUCGGCUUCAAGACCUCUAAUAACCAAGCAGAAUAUGAAGCUUUACUUGUCGGCAUGAGGUUGGCUGCCGAGAUGGGUGCUACAAAAGUAGUGUGUUGGACUGACUCGAAGGUGGUGGCCGAAAAGGUCAAUGACAACUUUCAAGUCAAAGACGCACACUUGUUGAAGUAUUACCACAUGUUCAAGGCAAUGAAAGGUUUGUUUCACGAAGUACAAGUCCGACACACACCACGGUGUAACAAUGAGAGAGCUGACCAACUAGCUCGAUUAGCUAGUAGCCGAAAACCCGGACAACUUCGGUCAACCAUUCACUUGGAACUACCCACAUCAAGUAUUCCACAAGAGUGCAUUCCAAUUGAAAGACCGACAAGUUCAUGGAUGACCAACAUCAUAAAUUACAUCAUCAGCAGUUCUGAGCCAUCUGAUCCGUUGGAAGCCAAGAAAGUCCGAACUCAAGCAGCACGUUACUCUUUAAUUGCCGGUGAACUAUACCGACGAGGGUUCUCUACACCCUUAUUAAAAUGCCUUGACCAGCCACAAGCCGACUAUGUUCUACGAGAAAUUCAUGAAGGAAUUUGUGGAUCACACUCAGGUGCAAGAACCUUAGCUGCUAAAGUGCUGAGAGCCGGCUACUACUGGCCGACCUUGAAAACCGACUGCGCCGAAUAUGUGAAGAAGUGUAAGCAAUGCCAACAACAUGGCAACCUAAUACAUGCCUCGGCCGAGCAGCUCCACUCGGUCAGUGCCCCUUGGCUGUUUGCCUUAUGGGGCAUUGAUAUUCUCGGCCCGUUUCCACUCGCUAAAGGUCAAUGCAAGUUUUUGGUAGUGGCCGUUGAUUAUUUUACUAAGUGGAUUGAAGUCGAGCCGCUAGCUACUAUUACAGCAGCUAAUGUUCAAAAAUUCGUAUGGAAAAACAUCAUCACCUGGUUCGGCAUCCCAUACGCAAUCAUCUCCGAUAAUGGACUGCAAUUCAUGGAUAAGAAAUUCAACAACUUUCUUGAAAACCUUGGCAUCCGACACCGGUUCACUUCUGUCGAACACCCACAGUCCAACGGUCAAGCCGAGGCUGCUAACAAGGUUCUCCUCACCAAGUUGAAGAAACGGCUUGGCACGGCAAAGGGAGCAUGGGCCGAAGAGCUUCCUAAAGUUCUUUGGGCAUACAGAUGCACACCUCAAUCAAGCACAAAGUAA